GUCGUCAUGCUAACGUGCUAAUUCUACACGACACGGUACACCGGGAACCGAAAACCUGUGUGACUGUGUAGUUAGAGGUUCAGCCCAGGUUUACCGGAGGAUGGCGGAUAAUGAACACCUGCCGGGGUUGCUGGUGACGGCUCGUCCUGCUAGAAACAGCGAGAAAAGAAAGACGGAGGCCGAGAAGGCUGCAACUAAAAGCAGUGGACAAAACAGAGUCAACAUCGGUACAGCUUUUCAACGAUGGAGACAACUGAGGGAGCUCAAGGGCCUGCGAAGCGACGCCAUGGUUGCUCUGUUUCUGUUGGACAGUUAUGAGAAGCGAACAUCGACUCCGUGGAAACCCGGAUUGUUGAGACCUCCUCCCCCCGCUGGGUCAGCUGUUCCUGCGGAGUCUCUCUCUGACCAUGACGGUGACCUCUCAGUCGCCCCUGAACACACGUUUGAGCUGUUGAAGAAGGUGGCAGAGUACGAGGAGGAACUUCGCCAUUUGAAAGAAGAGAACGAGCGACAACAGAAACUACUGGACGCUGCUUUCAACUCUGAAGUCCGGUUACACACAGCAGGUGUCGAGCAGCUGAUGGUGAGAAGAGAAGAGGUUCCCUCUGAGCAGCAGGAGGGGAGCUCCAGUCUGAACCACGAGGAUCAAACAGAGCCACCACACAAUAAAGGAGAGAAGCUUCAAGACCCAGAGGAGGCUGAAAUCAUCAAGUUCACGUUCUUUCCUGUCCCUGUGAAGACUGAAGAAGAAGAUGUUGUUGAAGAGAAACCUCAGUCCUCACAGUUUCAACAAACCAAACUGAUCAGAUCAGAGAUGAAUAUUCAAAAGCAGAAGCUAAAGGAGAGGAGAGUGAGGGAUCAGACCCAACUACAGACUUUAAUCCAGACAUUCAUUUACAGCCUGUUUCUGAUGAAGAGGCUUUACAUUCCUCUGAUACGGAUGACAGUGGUGAUUGGGAUGCCAGUGAACCUCAGGAAGGUUUGA